AUGUUUGGCGCCCUGCUCUUCCUGGCCGGCGCGCGCCCCGCGGCGCUGCCCGCCGUCUUCCUGCUGUUUGCAGCCACCGCGCUGCCCUGGCGCGUCUACCACUACACCCGCGUGCAGCCCCGCAACCGCGUGUACCUGCUGGACUUCUGCUACGCCGUGGCAGCCGCCACCGCCGCCUUCCUCUGCCUGCCGGCACGGCUGCAGCACCCGGGGCUGGAGGCGGCGGUGUAUGCGCUGGCGGAUGGGCCCGUCAGCGCCGCGCUGGUGGCCUGGCAGUGCGCCUGGGUGUUCCACUCCCCCGAUCACACCGUCAGCGUGCUGCUCCACCUCCUGCCCGGCCUGGCCAUGGCGGCGCACCACCACCUGCCGCUUCACCCCACGGCGGCGGCGGCGGCGGCGGUGUCGGGCGCCCGUGACAGCGCGCUGUGGCUGCUGGGCUCGCCGCUGGCCUUCUACCUGACCUGGCAGCUGCUGUAUUUUGCCGCGGUACAGGUCCUGGGCCGGCGGUACGUGCGGGACAACAACCUGGACACCAGCUACCGCUGCCUCACCAGGCGGGCCCGCCGCACGGGCAACAUCUGGGCCAGGCUGGUACUGCGAGGCAGCACCGCGCGGCGCCUGGCCGUCUACGGCCUGAUCCAGCUGGCUUUCACAGGCACGUUGGGGACGCUGCUCCUCUUCGUGCCCACCUACAGCCACCGCUCCCUGGCCUGCGCCUGGCAGGCAGUCAAGGUCCUGGUGCCUGUGUUCUACGGCUGCAAGUACCAGUGCGAGCGGGUAUACACGGCGGCCAUGGCGGAGGGCGUGCGGCGCCACAUGCUGCAGCUGCAGGCGGAUGCCCGCGCUGCGCCUGCUGUGCCUGCCGCCAAGCAGCAGUAG